AUGCCAUCUCGACGUGAUGAUGAGUCUCCCGAAGUAAACGAUACGGAGCAGCCACUAGGCCAGCAACCUGGCGAAGAUGAGGAUGUCAUUGAUGAACUAUUCAACAAUGAGAAUGAAGAGGUGGAAGAUGAAGAGGGCGAAAAUUUGUUCGGCGACGAUAUGGAGAGAGACUACCGCCCACAACCCGAACUUGAUGUCUACUCCGAAUCUGGACUUGAUGACGCCUCAGAUCUAGAUGAUCUUUCUGUCUCGGCAAGGCAAGCAGCCGAAAGGGAAAUGGCCCAAAGAGACCAGCUUCUUGAUGAAGAUGCUCUCUUUUACGAGGAAGGGGAUGAAGAACGGAGAAGGCGUCGUCGACGACGUGGCGUUCAAGAAGAGGGUGCCGAAGAUGUGGAGAUGGAAGAGGAAGUUCCAAUUGACAUCCUGGAAAAUUUGAGAGGUCGUUCGACCAAAGAUCACGUUUCGGAUGAAGCAGUGGCUCGGGAAAUUGAGAGGAGAUUCAAGAACUUCCUUCGCGCUUUCAAAGAUCCAGAGACAAGAAAGGCCAAGUACUUACAGGCUAUGAGUCAAAUGGCAUCGGAAAACAAGGAGUCGCUCGAAGUUGAUUUUCGUGAUUUGGCUGAUGAGAAUGGCGAACCGAACAUCUGCUAUUUCUUGCCUGAAGCGCCUGUACAGGUUCUGAGGAUUUUGGACAAGGCAGCAACUGAAGUUGUAUUGGACCACUACCCCUAUUAUGGUCGUGUGUGUGCGGAGAUCAAGGUCCGCAUCUCUCAUCUGCCAGUAGAAGAAGACAUACGUAUGCUACGACAAAUCCAUCUUAACAUGCUUAUCAAGACUAGUGGAGUGGUGACUGUUGCCACUGGCAUCCUUCCACAGUUGUCUGUUGUGAAGUACGAUUGUGUCGCUUGUGGAUAUAUUCUUGGGCCGUUUAUACAACGUGACGAUGAAGAAGUCAAGCCGACGAUCUGUCCUUCUUGCCAGGGAAGAGGGCCAUUUGAGCUGAAUGUUGAAAAUACAGUAUACCACAACUACCAACGAAUCACCAUUCAAGAAUCGCCUAAUAAAGUUGCCGCUGGUCGUCUACCUCGUUCAAAAGACUGCAUCUUGCUGGGCGAUCUUUGCGAUUCCUGCAAGCCUGGUGACGAAAUUGAGGUUACUGGUGUCUAUUCUAACAAUUUCGACGGCGCGCUGAACUACAAGCAAGGCUUCCCUGUCUUUAACACCUUGAUCCAUGCUAAUCACAUAACCAACAAAGAUAAGCUUGCAAGCAGUCAACUCACUGAUGAGGAUGUGAAGGCCAUUCGUGAACUCUCCAAAGAUCCACAUAUCGCCGAGAGAGUUUUUGCCUCCAUGGCUCCUUCCAUUUAUGGUCACGAUUAUGUCAAGCAAGCCAUCGCAUUGGCACUUUUCCGUGGAGAAUCAAAGAAUCCUGGAGAAAAGCACAAGUUGAGAGGUGACAUCAACGUGCUCCUUUGUGGAGAUCCAGGAACAGCAAAAUCGCAGUUCCUUCGUUUUGCGGCACAUACAGCGCCCAGGGCUGUUCUAACGACUGGGCAAGGUGCAUCUGCUGUAGGUUUGACUGCAUAUGUGCAACGACAUCCUGUUACCAGAGAAUGGACGCUGGAAGCUGGUGCAAUGGUUCUUGCUGAUAAGGGUGUAUGCCUCAUUGACGAGUUUGAUAAGAUGUCCGACCAAGAUCGCACAUCCAUCCAUGAAGCAAUGGAACAGCAAUCCAUCUCCAUUUCAAAAGCUGGUAUCGUGACAUCUCUGCAUGCAAGAUGUACCGUUAUCGCUGCAGCGAAUCCAAUUGGAGGACGUUACAAUCCAUCAAGGACAUUUGCCGAAAAUGUUGACUUGACAGAACCAAUAUUGUCCCGAUUUGAUGUGCUAUGUGUGAUCAGGGAUACAGUGGACCCGGUCGAGGAUGAAAGGCUUGCUAAGUUCGUAGUUGGAAAUCACGUGAAGUUGCAUCCUGCCAACCAAGUUGAUGACGAUGAAGAUGACGAGCACGACGAAGAGAAUGUGGUGGAUGCAAGAACUGGUGUGGUCCUCAUCCCUCAAGAUCUGCUUAGGAAAUACAUUCUUUAUGCACGAGAAAACUGCCACCCCACACUUCAUGAGAAGCACGCAGAAAAACUUGCCACAGUUUUCGCGCAAUUGAGAAAACAAAGCAUGGCCACUGGUUCGGUAGCUGUUACCGUUCGUCACGUCGAGUCAAUGAUUCGUCUUGCUGAGGCGCAUGCCAAAUUGCAUCUGAGAACGUACGUGAACGACGAUGAUGUACAAGCUGCUAUCCGCAUAAUGUUGGAAAGCUUCAUAAGCACUCAGAAGGCGUCGAUCGUUCGUCAAAUGCGAAAGACAUUCACCAAGUAUUUGACGACAAAUCAGUCUUCGAGCGAACUGUUGCUCUUCAUACUCAAGCAGCUUAUCAAGGAGCAGAUGCACUAUGAGACAGCGCGUGGAAGAGAUGACAUCACAUCAAUAUCGGUUGCCGAAUCAGACUUCAUCGACAAAGCACAGCAGCUGAAGAUCGAGAACGUGAAACCAUUCUACUCAUCUGAUCUCUUUAUGUCUAAUCACUUCAAGUAUGACGCUAAUCUGAAACAGAUAACACAAGCUAUCUUCUAAUUGUGCAUAUAUGGUAUCGCGACUGCUGCUCUUACAACUCCCCUGUGCCUUUCCGAUCUCGAAGCUCCAUUGUAUCUAUCAUCACUCAUUUUGACUUGUCUUCAUAAAUUCUCAGCUGCAAGAUGAAUCAGUAUUUGGUUGCAAAUUUGAAACAAAUCUCCUAGUAUUGGUACCUUAAAC